AUGGCGGACGGGGAGCGAUCGCCGCUGCUGCCGCCCGAGGCGGGGCCGGGCCCGGGCGGGGCCGCGGCCGCCGGCGGUGCGGGGGCGGGUCCGGGCGAGGCCCCGCCCCCUUACUCGCCGUUGGGCAGCCCCGAGGCGCCGGGGGCGGGGCCUCCGGCGGUCACGUGCCGCGUGUGCCAGCGGCCAAUCAGCGUCGAGGGGAAGACGCACCAGCACGUGGUCAAGUGCGGGGGGUGUGGCGAGGCCACGCCAAUCAGGACGGCGCCCGGCGGGAAGAAGUACGUGCGGUGCCCGUGUAACUGCCUGCUGGUGUGCCGGGCCUCGGCGCAGCGCAUCGCCUGCCCGCGGCCGUACUGUAAGAGGAUCAUCAACCUGGGCCCGGUGCAGACGGGCGCGCCCAGCCCUGACCCCGCCCCCGGGGGCGUGCGCGUGGCCUGCGCCCACUGCGGGGGGCCCUUCCUGUGGGCGGAGCUCCCCGAGCGCUCAUUGGCUCGCUGCCCGCACUGCCGCAAGGUGUCUGCGAUUGGCCGGCGGUUCCCACGGCGACGCUGCCUCUGCUGCCUAUUGGCCGCCCUGCUGAUGGGCGGGGCCGCGGCCGGGCUGGCGGCCGGCACGUGGUGGGCGUGGCGCCGGGGGGCGCGGUGGGUGCCGGCGGCGUGCGGCGCUGGGGCGGGGCGCGGGGCGUGUCUGCUGCGCGCGGCCUAUUGGGGCUGCGUGCGCGUCAGCCAGCCCCUCCCACCGCGCGCCUGACCACGCCCACCCGCCCGGACACGCCCCUCUCCCGGUGGGACACACCCUUUUCCUCGCGGGACACGCCCACUUCUUCAUGGGACACGCCCCUUUUCAUCAAAGGACAUGCCAGUGGGCGUGGCUUGUCACUAUGAUGUCACACAGCCACGCCCCUUCGCCAUUGGACGACUCAUCCCCUUCCGGCCCCGCCCCUUCUUUAUUUUGCAUGGUCCCGCCCCUUUCCCGCAUGUGCCCGCCCACUUGUACAUAAGCCCCGCCCCCUUUCCGUGUACAGCGUUAUUUAUUGGCCACGCCCACCGAGGGGGCGUGGCCGCAUUGUAAAUAAACCCGAAACCGGCAUU